AUGCAUUGUACUAUAACAUCGAACAAAAAUAUUGAACUUAUCGAUUUGACCAAGGAUGAAAACAUUCAAGAAGAACCAAUAAUAAAUAAUCAAUGUCAAUAUAUUUUUCGAAUUCUAAUUAAAAAUGAGAUUUCAUCAACAACAAAUGUACCGAAAACAACUCAUACUUCAAUUAAUCACCAGCAAUCAUGGACAUCGAACAUCCACGAUGAUAAAACGAAAAAACUUAAGUCAUUUAUCAAUAAAUAUUUGAUCAUCGAUUGUCUAAAAGGAUUACAAUUGUUACCGAAUAAUUCAGUUCAAUGUAUUGUUACUUCGCCACCAUACAAUAAACUUGGUCUUCGUGAAGGUCGUCAAUUUAAAGGACAAAUUAUUUAUGAUACAUAUGAUGAUAAUAUGAAUGAAGAUGAAUAUCAACAAUGGCAAUGUAAUUUAUUAAAUGAAAUAAAUCGUGUAUUAACACCAAAUGGUUCUCUUUUUUACAAUCAUAAAGAUCGUCGUUAUUGUAAACGUGAUUAUCCUCCUGAAAAUUUUAUUCUUCGAAGUAAUUUAAAAUUAUAUCAAACAAUUAUUUGGGAUCGUGGUUCUACAGUUAAUCAAAAUUCUGAAUAUUUUCGUCCAAAUCUUGAAAAAAUUUUUUGGUUAACAAAAUCUUCAAUUAAUUGUUCAUCAUUAUCACCAAAAUUUUAUCGUAAUAAAUUACCAGAAUGUUUUCAAAGUUCAAUAUGGAGAAUAGCACCUGAUCGAAAAAAUUUACAUCCAGCACCAUUUCCACAAUUAUUAGCUGAAAUUUGUAUUUUGGCAACAACUGAUCAAGGUGAUCUUGUGUUAGAUCCAUUUGCUGGAUCUGGUACAACACUUGUAGCUGCAGUUAAUCUUAAACGAACUUUUCUUGGUUUUGAUAUUAGUAAAAAAUAUCAAAUUAUGUUUCAAAAACGAUUAACUAAUUCAAAUACUCAAGUGAAUCUUUGGGAACAAAUGUUCGUAGUAGAAAAAAUUCUUGAUCGACGAAUUAGAAAUGGUCAUGUUGAAUAUUUACUCAAAUGGAAAGGUUUUGAUCAUGAUCAAAAUACUUGGGAGGACAAGAACAAUUUACAUUGUCCAGAUUUACUCAAACAAUUUGAAUCAUCAUUAAAAAGGUACAAAAGAAAAAAACAUGCAUAUUCAACUAAAGUAAAUGUACACAAAAUUAAUAUUACUUCAUUGAGUGAAGAAGAACCUGAUGAAAGAUCAGCCAAACGUAUUGUUAAGAAGAUAUUAUCGUCGAAGAAGAAAAAUUUAUCUGACUUAUCCGAUGAUGAAGAUUAUCAUCCAUAG